AUGGCUCUUCCAUUCCCUUACAUCUACAUCUCCUGCCCCUGCUCAGACGCUUCGAGAAGGGCAUUGACCUCGAAGAGAUCAUCCCGAGAUGUUGAUAUUGACCGGGCGAUGCAGGACGAUGAAGACACCUUUGACCCCCGACACCCUCGGUCGGCCUUUUCCCUCUUUCCGCCCGAGCAUUUGUUGUACUGCGAAGAAUGCCAUGAGAUCAAAUGUCCUCGGUGCGUGACGGAGGAGAUCAACGCCACAUACUGCCCGGACUGCCUGUUUGAGAGUCCUAAAGUGAUGGUCAGAGGCGAAUUAAACAGAUGUCCUCGUAAUUGCUUCCACUGCCCCAUCUGCACGUCACAGAUGAUCACCACAUCCAUAGGAGACCCAAAGAGCGGGCCGUUCGUCUUGAACUGCAACUACUGCAUGUGGAACACACUGGACGUCGGCAUCAAGUUCGACAAGGCCAUCGGAAUCCGAGGGCAGGUGGACGAAAUGGCGAAUGGAGGCAAGCAAAGGCCCGCGACCCUGAAGUCGCCGUAUUCUGGCCAAGCCGAGCCUGCACGCAAGUCUUCUCUGUCUCAAACCCCCCUAUCUCCCGGCCACCAAGAUGAGGCGCCCGAUGCAAUGGACAGAUCGGUGCCGGGGGCACCAUUAGACGCAACAGCCCGAUUCAACGCCCUCAGAGCGUUCUACAAAGAACAAAUCACCGACUCUUCCGCUACCGAUGCUAGCUUCCCAACCUCGGCCCUUGACAUGGCCUAUUCAUCACCGUCGUCUCUCCAGCGCAUUAUGAACAUCUACACCAACCGAGACAGCUCUGCGAAACGAAGCCGGCAGAAGCUCACGAUCAUGCGAGAGGCCCGGACGUCCAGCGAGGGGUUUAUCUUGACCACCGAAUCGACCAAGGUGUCGUCGCCGAGCAUCGACUACGACGAAACUACCACUGCCUCACAGAGAGCUUUUCAACACCCCUCCUUCAUCGGGAACCCGGAUGCGGUCAAGGUGUCCGAACUGCGACCCAUGCCCACGCUGAUGCGGACGAAGCGGUCCAAACGCUGCGCCACAUGCAAACACAUUCUCACGCGGCCCGAUCUCAAGAUCAGCUCGGCGCGCUACCGCAUCAAACUGAUCGCACUGAACUACAUUCCGUUCGUGACGAUCAAGCCGCUGCCCGUUCCCGGCGGGCUCCUGGCCCCGGUUCCUGACGGGGCCGACGUGGUUCUCGCGCCCGGCAAGCCCGUGCAGUUCAUCAUGACAUUGCGCAAUCCGCUGUUCGACGACGCCAGCGUCAGCCUGGGCUGUCCCAGCGUCACGCCCGGCCGGCACGGCCACAGAGUGACCAUCCUGUGCCCGCAGUUCCGCAUCGGCAAGAACAGCGACGCCUGGGACGACGCCCUCAACAACCCGCCCGACCGCGGCACGCUGAACCCCGCUGCCGGAGGAGAGCAGAUCGCCGGCAAGCUGUAUGACCAGGGCCGGAACUGGGCCAGCGUCGUGCUCGAGAUCGUCCCGGCGAGCAUCGUCCGCCAGCAAAGUGCCGAGUUGGACGAGGACGAGGACGUCAUAGAGAUACCUAUCCGCGUGAGGCUCGAAUGGACCGUCACCGACCUGGACGCCGGCCUGGAACGCCGCAAGAGAGACAAGGGGCUCGACGACGGCGAGGAUGUCGACGACGGCAAGAGGGAGUUGAGUUACUGGAUGGUCGUGGGCAUUGGGAGGGUCGCUUGCUGA